CACUAAUGUCCGCGGAGAUGGGAGUUGUUCCAAGAGCUUUGGAAGAGUCGAUAAACGUCUCUAUGGGAACCAACUGGAGCAUUCUCACCAACUCAACAGGUCACAACGCUUCCCAGCCAGCUGCAGGCGACCUCCUGGCCGACAGGCCUUCCAUGUCUAUGUUUGCAUCCAUGAUCAUAGUGCUCCUAAUGGUAAUGACAGCUGCCUACCAAGUGCUGACCAGUAUAGUCAAAAUGUUCAUAUUAACGGGAAUCGCUUCCAUCUAUCUGGUUCUAUUCUUAUCUACAGGUAUUUCCAGUGACCUGGAUAUGUACAGCCAAUUCUACAAUGUGAUUUCUCUCGUCGGCUUCCUGAUUGCCCUAAUCAUUCAUGGAAGACAAACUGAGGCAACCAAUAGACUAGACUUCCUUUGGAAGUUACAAGCAACAGAGGAGAAAGAAGAUAUGGAGCAUCUUGAAGCCUACAACCGGAAGCUGCUGGCAAACAUAUUACCUGUUCAUGUGGCUGAACACUUUCUAUCUAGUGACAAAAAUUUUGAGGACCUAUAUCACGAACAAUGCGAGUCAGUCUGUAUCAUGUUUGCUUCUAUUCCAAACUUCUCCGAGUUUUAUGUUGAAUUAGAAGGGAACAAUGAAGGUGUAGAGUGUCUGAGACUGCUAAAUGAAAUAAUAGCAGACUUUGAUGAGAUAUUAGGAGAACCACAAUUCUCCUAUAUAGAGAAGAUCAAAUCCACUGGAUCUACCUACAUGGCUGCCUCAGGUCUGACAAAGGCCACUUGUGACAUGAAAGAUCUAAAGCAUGUGACAGCAAUGGCGGACUAUGCCCUGAGGAUAAAAGAACAACUGGAAUACGUAAAUCAACAUUCUUUCAAUAACUUUAGGAUGAGGAUCGGUAUCAAUAUUGGUCCAGUAGUAGCAGGAGUUAUCGGGGCCAGAAAACCUCAGUAUGAUAUUUGGGGAAAUGCAGUAAAUGUUGCUUCAAGGAUGGAUUCUACAGGCAUUGUUGAUAAAAUACAAGUAACACAGGAAAUGUACCAAAUAUUAAGUGCCAAAGGAUACCCAUUAACUUGUAGAGGAUCUAUUGAAGUCAAAGGAAAGGGAGAAAUGAUAACAUAUUUUUUAGAUGGAGGAAAAACUCAAAAAUAAGAUUAUGAAAUAAGUAGUGCAUAUCGAAUUGUAAAUUAUCAAUUGCUUUGUGAACUGUUUGUUGUACUAAAGUAAUAUUUUAAU